UGCUCCUGCCUCCCCACAAUCAUUACUCGGAUAUUUACUAUGAGCAAUUAGACAAACUAACUCACAUGUUUUGUAAAAUAUUUGACUCCUAUUUAUACAAACAAUAUUUGUCCCCAUAAUUCAUUAUUCAGAUAUUUAUUAUGAGCAGGUAGACAAACUAACUGACAUAUUUUGUAAAAUAUUCGACUCCUAUUUAUAGAAACAAUAUUUGUUUAUAAAACACACCCUCCCAUUUUAUAAUAAUGUCAGAAACUUAAAAUUACGAUAUGACUUUGAGGAAGUGAAAAAGGAAUAUGUAGAGAUAUUCUUAGAUCUGUAAGUUUAGCUAUCUUUUCAAGCUCUUAAAAAACUAUUGUUCUUCACAGAAAUCGUAGCAGGGGAAGACUAUUCCUAACAUAGUUUAUUCGUGCCAGUUUGUGCGCAUAAUUUAAAAGCUAAGAAACACUAACAAGAGAAUGUCUUUUAGGAUAUUCGAAAGGGAGUAAUCUCACAAGCAAUUUGGCUUUCCCAUGCUAUUAGUUGACCUUCUAGGAAGCAGAAAAUAAAUGUAACCGCAUAUUUAGUAAUGAUCUCAUGUCAGGCUAUUCAUUCUACUCUGUUAAUGAUAUCUGCUUGCCUGUUUAGGUCUUCUGUAAUGCAUAAUUGCAUAUGCAUGCAAUUUUGCCGCGUAACAUCGGAGGCAUCCUUGCUUCUUUGAUACAGCUAAAGGGUAGGGAUCAUGGGCCAUAAACUAACCUCGUAUUGUUUCCUUUGAAUCAUUCUCCUUGCCAGCAUCUUAGCUGUUCUUGUUUACCAAAGUGGGGCAGGCAAUCUUUUUUCAGAACAUGACAGAAGUACAGCUGAUUUGUGCAUUGCGGUGGAUCUGAGUCAUGUGCAGCUAUUGAUUACUAGAUAUAUACGCAGAUCACUUCCUACCCAUGAGGAUAGCAGGAUCAGAUCUCCAUGUCGGAUGUCGCGCAAACUUGACACCUUAAAGGGAGACCUACAUUGUGGCAACCAUUCUGGUGAUGCACAUGCUCAUUGAUUGUUAAAACGUGCCAUAAUCUGAAUUUAAGAUCUAACUGAGGUUUCUGCACAGCUUUUUGGGAAUGUUGCUGUAGUGUUACCAUGUUGACCUUCGGAUACGUUAGAAUGAACAAACCAACUGAUGACAAUGAAUGAUACAGAUCUGUUCAUUUUUCAGUACAUUUUGCUGGUCCGUAUUUCACUGCAUUUCUUUGGUUUGGUGCUGUUGGCAGAAACUUAUUUUUCUUUGUAAGUUUAGGAUAGAGAAUUUAACUAGAUUGAUGUUUAUCGUGUGUAAAAUGUCAAUGUGGUAAAUCUUUCAGGAUACCAACCUCCAAAAUCUUGUAAGUGUUGAACAUCAAUGCUGCUGCUGCUGCGGGCACAGGGUGUGAGAAUUAUUUGCAGAUCAAGACCUUGAUAUCCAUAGAGAUGUGCUUUCAUAUAUCCUCUUUUGAGUUCUUAAGAAUGUUCAGAUUCCUUUCACCAUGUUCGUGCAGGCAUGUCUUUGCAUAUCCUACUUUUGUUUAUUCCAUCUCUAACCAACACCAGUACACAUAUUUUUGCAAGAAAGAAAGCAUGAGCACAUAGUUGUCUUGAUCUUAUUCUAUUCUAUUCCAAGGUAAACUCUUGCUAUUCCGGUUCAGAGCUCAUAGACUUCCUUUGCCUGUCCUCGAUGAAUCAUGGACCAAUGAUUAGUAAAAUGUCUCUAAUCAUUGUGCGGUUUCUUCGGAGACAGGCCGCAUAACUGUAAUCUUGGACAAGUCACUGUCUUGCUCACCAACCAGCAGUUGAAAUUCUCUAAAGUUGUCGUCUUCAGCUCUCCACAUCACCACAACAUUACCAUGGCUGUUGCUAAUCGCCAGCCUAUCACCACACACUUCAUGCCACCCAUUGACUGUCCUUUGUUUACUCAUGCUCACAUUUUCUUUAUUCUGCAGAUGUUGUUCCCUGCAACCUCUCAGAAUUCUGAACAGUAUAAAAGCACCUGAACUGCUGUGCAUUUGUCUUCACCCCUCUCAACAGCAAGUGCGUCCAACCACACUCCCCAGGUCACCCUUUGCCUCCAAGGCUCCCAAGUCCCAAAUUCACAUCUCAAUGGAGGCUGGAGGACUGAUUUCGGAGGCUGGCUGGACCAUGUUUGACUUCCCGCCACAGGGCGAGGAGUCCGAUAUCAUGGCGCAGCUGCUUGGCACCUUCCCUUCCCAUGGUGAUGAAGCCCAGCAGGAUCUGCCUUGGUAUCAGGCUUCCCAUCCAUCCUACUAUGACGCUGAUCUUAAUACAAGUGCAUGUAGUGACAGCAAUGCUAGCAGCUUUGCUGUUCCAUCCGAAUGCAUGGGCUACUAUUUGGGUGAUUCAAGUGAGGCCCUGGGCAUCACGUCCCUCGCACCACAGGACCUGAACUUGGUCCAGGAGCAAGGCGCAACCGAGUUUCUGAAUAUGAUCCCUAGCAUUUCCCAUGAUUUGUACCGGAACGGCGAGUCAAGCUGCGAGGGUCUCGACUCGGUCAGUGCUACUAACAAGAGGAAGCACUCGGUGGAAGAAGAAAUCGAUGGCCAAGCGAGAGGUCGGAAAUGCGCAAGGAAGGCUGCACCGAAGCGAGCAAAGAACGCCAAGCAAACCGAAGCGAGCUGCUGCACCUCUGACAAUGACUCGAAUGCUUCUCAAGAGUCUGCAGAUGCUGGUGUUACUCCAAAAGGCAAGGCCCGGGCUGGACGCGGGGCAGCAACCGAUCCCCAGAGCCUCUAUGCAAGGAAAAGGAGGGAAAGGAUCAACGAGAGGCUGAAGACACUGCAGACCCUUGUGCCCAAUGGAACCAAAGUAGAUAUGAGCACCAUGCUUGAAGAGGCAGUCCAGUAUGUCAAAUUCCUGCAACUUCAGAUCAAGGUCCUCAGCUCUGAUGAAAUGUGGAUGUACGCGCCGAUUGCGUACAACGGGAUGAACAUUGGGCUUGAUCUGAACAUGUAGAGAUGAUUUUGGCAGUCUCGAGCGGGGAAUGCAGUUUGUGUUUGAGAUAAACGAGUUCUCCACUAACCAUUCAAUCUACCUGUGUUACCAUGUGUCGUUUUGGAAGCUGUUAUACAGAUCAUCAUAGGCGCAGCAGUAGCAUACUUAAACUUGUGAAGAGGCCCUUUUAGAGGAUCAGUAAACUGAAGAUAAUACUACCAUUUUCUUGACAUUAGCAUGAAAUGCAAGAUCUUGAAAACUUGUAGAUUUGUAUUUGUUUUCUUUGGACCAAAUAUAGUUCUUUUGUUGGCAUGUGA